AUGCCAGGAAUUGAUGUCGGAAAGAUUUGGUUGGACAAAACAGAACGGCGCUUAUUGUUAGGUAGAGGCCAGUUCAGUCACGUACACCGGGGCAAAUUGAAUGGUAGCAAGGAGGUCGCCAUCAAAUGGAUUGUAGUAGAAAAUCAGCCGGAUGCAGCAUAUAAUCAAAUCGCAGCAAUAAAACAGGACACUCAGAGAAGCAAACGAGAGGAUGAAGCUCUGCGCCAACUUGACCAUCCAAACGUCAUCAAACUGUUACACGUCGAAGAAGAAAAUUCGAUCAAAUACUUUGCACUUGAACUAUGUGCCGCUACGCUUCAUCAGUACUGCAUGAGACGGUAUAACGGACCAAUGCCACCUGUUGCAGUCGUCCUACUACACAUAGUAAGAGGUUUACGACAUGUUCACUGCAAAGGAUUCGCCCAUCGCAACAUUGAACCAAAGAACAUACUCAUUUCAAAAUCAUUUCCAACCCGCAUCAUUCUCUCCGAUUUCGGGCUCAGUAAAUCAGUCAGCAACCUAAGCGGAUCAUACUCUGUCAGCCAAGACCGUUCAAUUAACCAGGAUGGUCAACUAUUGUGGUUGGCUCCAGAACUGCUGGAUAACCCUGACGAUCAAGGUUUCUCAGAGAAAAGAGGUUCCAUCGCCAGUGACACUUUCUCGGCGGGCUGCGUGUUUUUCUUUUACCUAACUCCAGGUUGGCAUCCCUUUGGCUCUGGAUUAGAUUCAAUUUACAUGAACAUUCUAAAUGGAAAACCUGUUAUUCUGAGAUAUUUACCCGAGGAACAACAUCGAUUCAAGAGCACGAUUGAAGCUAUGAUUUUAAAGAAACCUGAAGAUCGUAUUAGUCUUGAACAAGUGGAAAAUAAUCUUCAAGAAAUUAUUGGGCCAUACCUUUUCGAAGCUGAGACGGAAUCCAUCAGAAUACCGGACGAUGGUGAAGACGGCCAAGAUGAACGUCCCGACUGGCUAAUGUGA